AUGGCCGACAUCCUGACCUUCUACCACUUCAACGAUGUCUAUCACAUCUCAAACGCGGACCUUAUAUCCAAGUUUGCCCAUGCCGUCAGUCAGGCCAAGCAGGACGGUAAAGGCUCAGAUAUCCAGCCCCUGACCAUAUUCAGCGGAGACGUCUUUUCUCCUUCUACUGAAUCGUCAGUGUUAAAGGGCGAGCAUAUGGUCCCUGUUCUCAACCAUCUUGAUAUCGAUCUUGCAUGCUACGGGAAUCAUGACUUCGACUUUGGUGAAAGCCGGCUCAUCGAGCUGUCAGAAAAGACGAAUUUCCCAUGGAUACUAUCGAAUGUAGUACAUACAACACCCCGUAAUAACCCGGAUUCCCACGUGCGGGGUGACAGCCUGCUUGCUUCUGCACAGGAGUACGUUAUCAAGACGAUGGGACAGUACAAGGUCGGAUUCAUUGGCCUAGCCGGGACAGACUGGCCGUCAAACUGUCAGCAUCUACCAGCAGCAGCUUGCUUUCUGUCUCCAGCUGAAGUGGCCCAAAAACUGGCCAGGCAUUUACGUAUCGUGGAAGGAUGUGAUUUCGUUAUCGCCGUUACACAUAUGCGCCUUGUUGAAGACCUUUCUGUGUCAAACGCUACUUUGGACGGAGAUGAGCGUAUUGAUUUACUCCUGGGAGGCCAUGACCAUGAUGUUGUUUGUCGGAUGCUGGGUGACACCGACGAUAACCCAGGGAUUAUACUCCAAGGAAUAACGGAUAGUGCCUCUAGAAUUCGAAACGGAGAAAUAGUGCACAUUGAGGGUGAUGUAAGAGUCAUCAAAAGUGGAACAGACUGGAGAUCCUACUCCGUCGUACAGUUGAGAGUUCGAAAAGAAAGUGACGGCAAAGCACAGCUUGACAAUGUUGAAGUCACUCAGUAUUUGGACGUUACUCAGACGCAGUCUUACCAGACAAUGCCGAGGUGUUCUGAGACGCUAUCAAUUCUUGGAUCGGUUCAAAACCAGAUAAUGGAUGCUGUUCGACAUCCGCUGUUUCACACGCGUGUGCCACUCGACGGCCGUUCGACUGUUAUUCGCAGUCAAGAGACCAAUCUAGGCAACAUACUAGCUGAUGCAGUUAGGGCAUUCUACGAUACCGAUAUUGCAUUUAUCAACAGUGGAGGAGUGAGGUGUGACAGGAUUAUUGCAGAGACCAAUGGGCAUAACGCAUUGAAAAUCAAGGAUAUCAUAGGUGAGAAGCGCGCUGUCCAGCUCAAAUACGAGAACACUCAAAGCUUACGUCUUGCAAUUACAGACAUUAUGCCUUUCGAUAACGCAUUCGUUGUCAAGAGAGUCGGCGGAGCAACGUUGCUCUCUGCCUUGGAGAAUUCCGUCAGUGAUUCCCACACGGAUGGACGUUUCCUGCAGGUUUCUGGCAUGCGAUUCAAGGCUAGUUGGCAGAGGCCGGAAGGAAGCCGUAUUCUCGAAGCAUUCUUCGAACCAAAGGUUGGUGCACUGGUGAAGAUUGACCCUGGACGGACUUAUACGAUCGCAAUGGUUUCAUUUAUAGCUACCGGCUUCGACGGAUAUGACUCCUUCAAGGCCGAAGAGACUCUGGUCGAUGCUGAGAGUGCAAUGACAGAUACUAGCCUGAUGCUGCAGAUAUUCAGACACUCCCGGAAAUGUAAUAAUGCACAGAACUGUCAACCGGACAGUACUGAUGGAGAAAAGAAAGAUAACGGCGAACCUGAAGAAGACGACAGGACUGAAAAGGGGGUAAAACGGGCCAUGAAGGCGAUUAUCACCGGGUAUGAUGAUGCCGACGGCUUACCAGUUGUAAGCCCAAGUAUCGACAAUCGAUUGACCUUCGUCUCGACACGCUGCGCCAAUUGA